CAAUUACAAGUUAUGGCAGAACUUUUAAUGGUUGAUGAUGAGAUUCCUAAGAGUUUAAACAUUAGUCAUUAUUUAAAUAGUCCUAAUGAACUAAACAGAGCAGGAAAUGAAGUAGCCAAAAAAAACUUAUGGCGAGAAUUAGGACUAGAAAAAUCCUUAGCAGAACUUAUUACCGCGGGGGAAGCGGCUAAUGAAUUAGCCGACUUAGCCAAAAUAGUGGGAGAAAUUGAUAAACAUAGUAAAAUUACCGAUUUAUUUGCCCAAGCGGAACAAGAAGAAAAUCAGGUUUUAGAAAAAUUAACUGAUUUAGAAAGUUUAGUCAAUCAAAUUACUGCUUUUAAAGCUGAGUUUACUGGCCAACGAACCAUCCAAAAAACUCCCCUUUCGGACUUAACAGGCAAAGCCAUAGUUUGGAACGAUAAAAAUAACGGAUACAAGGAGAAUGAAAGCCAAGCUUGUGCCCAAUUAGGAGUAUUAGAUAAUAAAUUAGUUGAAAUCGAAGCCAAUUUUGAAAAGGAACUAGACGAUUUUCCACCUUUUGUGGCGAAAGAAAGUGAAGUCCAACCCGCUCACUACCGAAUUUUCCAAGUAAGUUAUCGGGAAAAAACUGCUAAUAAUAAACGAGAACUAGCAAAAAUAGAAAAUCAAGCCAAGAAAAAUGCGGAAAAUUAUAAGGAACUGGAAAAGAAAAUAGACCCCAUUUUAAACGAAAAUAAUGAAGAUUUAGACUUAAUUAAAAACAACAUUGAAAUUUUAAAAGGUCUUAUUUCCCCAGACGAAAAAGAAUUAGCAGACUUGAGAAAAAAAAUUGUUAAGGAGAAAGGAGAAAAUGCUAUUAAAAGAAAGUUAUUAGAACUAAGAAAGAAAGAAUAUUUAGUUGAGAAUGAUGACAAAUCAAAGUUAAAUGACGCAGAGAUAACAUUAGUUAAAAACGCAAUAGAUUUAGAAAAA